CAACUGUUAGAUUUGCCUAUAAUAUUGAAUUCUUUAAUCAAAUUUAUCAAGUUGUCAAAUGUAUCUAGUAUUAGAUUCAAGUUUCGAGACUAUUGAAUAUACUGAGUCUACUAACCCCACAUCAAAAUCUAAUUCAAAAUCUACAAAUUUAUCUUCUUCAGUUGGGACAAGACGUAUUCAAACUCAGAAUAUUGUAAUAGGAGCUUCUAGAAGAUCAAGAAAUGGUUGUUUAGCUUGUAGAAAGAGGAAAAAGAAAUGUGAUGAAACUUAUCCUAUAUGUGGAUCUUGUAACCAUAGAAAUGUUGAAUGUGUAUGGAGAAAUGGUUCUAAAUUUAAAAUUCAAAAAGUUGAUUCUUCUCCUGGAAAUUCAAUCGUACUUGAAAAAUUUACUCAAUUCAAAAAUAAAACGUUAUCCACUACUAAUUCAAUAGUAUCUGAUAACUUGGAUAAUCAACAUUCGUUUUAUCCACUAAUUAAUUCAUCAACUGUACGGUCAAGUUCAACUUCUUCUGAGUCAUCUACAUCUUCGUCAUCAUUUUCAUCAUGUUCUUCUUCAAAUGCAGAUGAUGAUUUCGAAAUAAGUUAUGACUUCAAUGAUACAGAUAUGGUUACUGUAAAACAAAAUAGUGAUAAUGGUACGCCAAUACAACAAGAUCAAGAAGGAGAAGAAGAAUACUUAGCACUAGAAAAGACACCAUCUCCAUUUCCUCAAUCAUUAACAUCAAAUAAAAAUACAGAACUAUUAAUGCUCGAUGUUCAACAAUAUUUUAAUUCUCCUGCUGGCAGUCAGAUGUUUAACCCUUUCAGAUAUAUGGAUCAUAAGGGAACAUAUUUUAUUGAUUCAUUCGUUCAUAAUGUUGCUCCUGUUCUAUGUAUUGCUCCAGCAUCAUGUAAUUACUUUCUAAAGACUUUCUAUCAAUUAGCUGAAAUAGAAGAAAGUAUUCUGUAUGCUGUCUCUGCAUGGGGUGGAUUAUUUGUUGAAGGUUAUACACCAGAUGUUAAAACAUAUCUUUCAAAAUCUGUUCAACUAAUUAAACAAAAAUUUAAUUCAUUUGAAAAUUUAUCUAAAGAAGAUAUAUAUAUCUUAUUGAAUUUCUUUUUAAUUGGUAUGGGAAUUCAUAUAUGUGCUGGAGAUGUAUCUAAAUGGAACAUUCUCUUUAAAAAAUGUACAGAAAUGAUUAAAUUAAAUGGAGGAAUUACUAAAAUAUGUAAAAUGUUUGAUUAUUCCAAUAAUAUUAAAUGGAUUAUAGCAGAUAUUGAAUUUCAUGAUGUUAUGUCAUCAGGAGCAUUUACUAGUGGAACUAUGUUACCAAUGGAAGAAUAUAAUACUAUCUUUAAUCGAGAUAAACUCUUUGAUCUGGGUGAAGGAGAUUAUGGAUUAGAUCCAUUACAAGGAUGUAUACUGUCGAUGUUUCUUUUAUUUGGAGAGAUAGGUAAUACUAAUGCUGAACUUAAUCAGAAGAAAAAGAAAUUAGAACAUAUGAUGAAACGUGUAGAAGAUAAUUAUAAACAGUCUGGACUGUUUGUAAUUUAUGAUGAUCAUGGAAAUGAAAUAGAUUUUAAAAGUAAGCGUCUUGAAUAUUAUCAAGAAAUUGAAGAUAAAUAUAAUGAAAUUAAGCAACGGAUAUUUGAUUGUCAACCAAAUGUUGGACAAAUGCAACAUAUUAUGGAUGAUCAAAAAGAAGUAGAAUAUCAUUUAACAUUAUUUGAUGUUUAUUUAUACAGUUGUCAAUUAUGUUUAAAUUAUCAAAUUAAGAACAUAGCUCCAGCAAGUAAUGAAAUGCAAUCAAUUUUAUUAAAUGCAUUAAAUUCAUUAGAUGUAUUAUUAGAUACUAAAUUAGUAUCUUCAUUGGCUAUGCUGCUUUUAAUAUGUGGAAUAACCUGUUCUACUCCAAUUGAUCGGAUUGAAAUGGAAGAAAGAUUUAAACGUAUAAAACGUCAUUAUAAAGUUGCUAAUGUUACAAGAGUAUUAGAUAUUGUACGUGAAGUUUGGAAACGAAAUAAUAAUGGACAAUUAUGGAUUGAUUGGACUCAAAUAUGUGUAGAAAAGAAUUGGGAUCUUUCCAUAUGUUAGAGAAUUUAUAGAAUUUUAUAUAAAAAAGUGUUUUAGUUAGAUAAUUAUAAUUAAUGAAUGCUAAAAAG